AUGAAGAACGAAGAACAAGCUCGGUUUCUUUUUGGGAUUUCGCUCUCUGACAGACCCAAAUGGCAGCAAUUCCUUUUUUGCUCUUCUGGGUUCUUCUUUGGCUACCUUGUUAAUGGUAUCUGCGAGGAAUAUGUGUAUAAUAGGCUACAAUUCAGCUAUGGUUGGUACUUCACAUUUGUACAAGGAUUUGUGUAUCUUUUUCUGAUUUACCUCCAAGGCUUCACCACCAAGCAAAUGGUGAACCCAUGGAAGACUUAUGUGAAGCUAUCUGCUGUGCUUAUGGGUUCCCAUGGUCUUACCAAAGGCUCCCUGGCUUUUCUCAACUAUCCUGCACAGCUCAUGUUCAAAUCAACAAAGGUUCUGCCUGUAAUGGUAAUGGGAGCCUUCAUACCAGGUCUGAGACGGAAGUAUCCGGCUCACGAGUACGUUUCUGCAGUCCUUUUGGUGGUGGGUUUGAUCCUAUUCACCUUAGCGGAUGCACAAACAUCUCCCAAUUUCAGUGUGAUUGGUGUUUUGAUGGUAUCGGGUGCUCUAGUCAUGGAUUCCUUUUUGGGUAACUUGCAAGAAGCAAUAUUUACCAUGAAUCCUGAAACCACACAGAUGGAGAUGCUGUUUUGCUCUACAGUAGUUGGCCUGCCUUUCUUGAUUCCACCCAUGCUUUUGACAGGAGAAUUAUUCAAAGCAUGGAAUUCAUGUUGGCAGCAUCCAUAUGUCUAUGGCGUGUUAAUCUUCGAAGCCAUGGCCACAUUCAUUGGCCAAGUCUCCGUCCUUUCCCUCAUUGCGCUUUUUGGUGCUGCCACCACAGCCAUGAUCACAACGGCUAGAAAGGCAGUCACAUUACUGCUAUCAUACUUGAUAUUCACAAAGCCAUUAACUGAAGAGCACGGGACUGGACUUCUGCUCAUAGGUAUGGGGAUCACAUUGAAGCUCUUGCCUGAAAAUAAACCAAACCAGAGGGUUUCAAACUCAUCUGCCAUGCCCAAGAUUUCAAAACCAGCUUCGACUGAGCACGAAAGAAUUCGACUCGAAAAUGGUGGAGAAGAUGAAGAAAAGAGUCAAUUGGUCUGA